AUGGUAGUUCAUACUGGAGAGUUGUGUCUGAUCGCAGCAGCUUCUCUCACCACAGCCGCUUUCCUCUUCACUCUUGCCGGCACUUUUGGAGAUGAUUGGGUUCACGUCGACACCACAUAUGGUUUCAGUCUGACGGUAGGCAUGUUGCCGAGUCGAUGUUCGGAUAUGCCCGAAGAUAUGGCCGAGUUUGAUCCAAAUUUCGAUAUCAAUAAAUACUGUGAUCAGUUGAGAAAGGGUAUCACACGCGCAAUUGGUCACAAAACAGCGGCUCUUCUCGUCCCGGCUCUCUUGGCGGAUCUCCUUGCUCUCUGUGCUUUUGGUCUCAUUUGGUGGAAAGGAUUUAAAGCUAGGAAGUUUGCUCUCCCUGUGGCUUGUGUCCUCCAAAUGGUCGCCUGUGUAUUGCCAAUCAUUGAAGCGGCGCAUGUUCUGAAUUCAGUAAAAGGAAACAAAAAAUUGGAACAAGAUCAAAACUUGACAACUAUUGGCCUUGGUUGGUGCAUCGACAUUUUGAUUGUCGGCGGUGUGGCGGCAGCGAUAGCUGUCCCCCUGACAUUCACCUCUCUCGUCACUCGUCCAGCCCCACCCAUUUCCCCGUCAGAAAUCACCAUCCGCUCUCCGACAAUCGUUUCUCCAUCGUCGAGAAAAACUCCCCUAGAU